CGCCGAUUCCGGAGGUAGGGGAGCCACUGCCCACGCCGCCUCCGCCGCCGCCGCCCGAGGAGCCGAGUGAGGAAGAAAGCGGACGUCGCCCACGAAGCUUCCCUCGAAGCGCUCGGUUCGUUGCAGCCCUCUGACGACUGGAGAUUUUCUUUAUUGUGUUGGAGAGGAGGAGAAGAGGGAAUAAACCAAACUCACUACCAUCAAGUCAAUUCUGACUCAUAGUGAGCCCGUAGGACCGCGUGGACCUGCCCUUACAGGGAAUGACCAUGGAUAAAAGUGAGCUGGUACAGAAAGCCAAGCUCGCUGAGCAGGCUGAGCGCUACGAUGACAUGGCUGCCGCCAUGAAGGCAGUCACGGAGCAGGGGCAUGAACUCUCCAACGAAGAGAGGAAUCUGCUCUCUGUGGCCUACAAGAACGUGGUGGGUGCCCGCCGCUCUUCCUGGCGCGUCAUCUCCAGCAUUGAACAGAAGACGGAGAGGAAUGAGAAGAAGCAGCAGAUGGGCAAAGAAUACCGUGAGAAGAUCGAGGCGGAACUUCAGGACAUCUGCAACGAUGUUCUGGAGCUGUUGGACAAAUACCUUAUUCUCAAUGCUACACAACCAGAAAGCAAGGUGUUCUACUUGAAAAUGAAAGGAGAUUACUUUAGAUACCUCUCUGAGGUGGCAUCUGGAGACAACAAGCAAACCACUGUGUCGAACUCCCAGCAGGCUUACCAGGAAGCAUUUGAAAUUAGCAAGAAAGAAAUGCAGCCUACACACCCCAUCCGGCUUGGCUUGGCACUCAAUUUCUCAGUCUUUUACUAUGAGAUUCUUAAUUCUCCAGAAAAAGCCUGCAGCCUGGCAAAAACGGCAUUUGAUGAGGCGAUUGCUGAACUGGACACACUGAAUGAAGAGUCUUACAAAGACAGUACCCUGAUCAUGCAGCUACUUCGGGACAACCUCACUCUCUGGACGUCGGAAAACCAGGGAGAUGAAGCAGAUGCUGGGGAGGGGGAGAACUAAUGUCUGCCACGCUUCCUGAUCUGUCCAGUGUCACUCUGUACCUUCUACAUAUAUCCCUUUGUGCGAAGAUGAUAAAAAAAAAAAAAAGGGAUCGUAUGUCGAUUCUCGAUUUUCACAGCCUCAGCCUAGCAAAAAUGGUCCAUGGGAUAAAUAGCUGGUAUUUGUAUCUAAAACACAGAUUGGUCACAUAAAUGCCACGGCAUUCUGAAGUUUCAUUUUGAUUAACAUUGACAGGAUUACCGUGUGUUUGAUUUUUUUUUUUUUAACUGAACACUGUGAUUAUGGGGUUUUGUAACUUAGCAGAACUCUUAACUGGUAGGAAAAAAAACACCUGAAUUAUGUGUAACUUUUGGGGAUGUUAAAUCUGGUAUCAAAAUAGUCACUGAAAUACAAUUCCAUUGUAAAGUUGUACAGAAAGUUAUAGAGAAUUAUAUUGACGCUGGGACGUGGAGUGAGAUGCCCGUUGCUAGGUAUUUGAGUUGGUGGUGACUCAGUAAUCAUGCCUGUCGUUCACGUUUCACUGACACUUGACCGUUUUGGGCUGUGGCCACUCGUGAUUACAACCUGUCCAUAGUGUCGUCUUCGGAGGAAACACGAAGCCUAACUUGGCUGUUUUUGGUGGCAGAGAGCUGGGUUAUGACACCAUCCAAAGGUCCAGAGCUCAUCUAGAACACACGUGGCCAAAGCCCCUUUCUACAGCAAUAUGUUUGCCAUUUGCAACUCUUGUGCUUCGGGGUGGAACCUGUUUUCUGUGUAACCACCAGGCUGAAGGGAAAAGGGGAAAGCUGUGUAGCUUAGGAACGGCCUUAUUUGUUUACUGGGUCAUUCCUUUAAAGAAGAAUGACCUGCAGGAACUGCCUUUUCCUUGAGCAGCCAGAAUCUUGGGGUUCUUCCUGGUUUGGGGCUUCUAAAUUUGGACACGGAAAGACUCCUGCUUUCUCUCGUUGAUGGGGGCAGGCUGCUGCUGACUUUGGCUUUCUGUUCUGUCUUGACAUUUCUGGCCUCCUGCCUCCAAAUCUUUAUCCCUUCGUUUUGAAUUAUCUUGGUCUUUUGUUCAAUGCUGAGUACUGGUGGGGGGGGGGAGAAGGUUGGUGAGGACCCUGGUGGGCUGGCCUUGCUUCAGAGAGUCACCAAGAGCUGCCAGCAUCCUAGCUCUGCCUUCCUCCUGUGCUCAGCCCAGUGGCUGCUCUUCAGUCUCAAGAUCUGAACCCAAAAAAGUAUUUCUAAACAUCCAGGAUUUCUCCCUCAUAAUGCCCGUCACUGGGCCUCCCAAGUGUACCCGUCCAGUGAAGUUCCCAGAUGUGGUGAAAUGAGACCCUCUAGUGCAGGGAUGUUGCAUGGACACUGCCGUGGAGAGAAUCUAGAACAGCAGGCCUCCCCGUCUCCCACCCUGAACAUUCCAUGUACCCGUAGUCCAUCUGUGUGUUCAUCUGCUGAAAUGAGAAAAGACAAAUCCAUGCACUGAUUUAAAACAAAAAAGAGGGGGGGGAAAUCCCACCCUCCCUCCCCCACCCCCUUCCUAGCUGAACAAAAAUGUGCAGUUAAUACUUGCUGCUUGAUCAGUGCAGUAGUGAAUGUGGAACCGAGCCUGUCUGUAUAUCUGGUAGCUCUUUCUUGCUUUGUUUUUUCCUCAACAGUAUUCUGCCUAACGUUUGCUUCUGUGAUGGUUCUAUUGCCUAGCAAGCACACCCGUGGUUGUGAAAAUAGUGUAGCAAAAAAAAAAAGAAAACUCCCCAAUUAUCAAUGUACUAGAUUUGUGUAUGUCUUUUAAAACAGUUCUAGUUUCACCUUAACACGGAAUAAUCAGGAAAAGUGUACAAAUUCAAAAGUGAAAUAAAUUUUAUCAGUUAGUUGCCUGUGAA